UGUGACGAAUCACGUGAGUGGCACGGUUGGUGGCUCUACACGAUGUCGACGGCGCCAUUGCGAUGGGGCAUCUUGGGAUGCGGAAAGAUCAGUAACGACUUCGUCAUGGGGCUGGCCCUCGUUGCCAAUGCCCAGGUAGUCGCGUGUGCCUCCCGGUCCCUCGACGCAGCCGUCGCGUUUGGCACACUCCACGGCAUCCCGACGUGGUAUGGCUCGUACGACGCCCUGUGCAGAGAUCCACAAGUAGAUGUUGUGUACGUUGGCACGCUGCAUACGCACCACCACCCCCACACGAUGCUUGCGCUCUCGCACAACAAGCACGUGCUGGUGGAGAAGCCAAUGGCACUGAAUCGCCGCGACGCGGCGGACAUGGUGUCCCUUGCGAAAGCCAAGGGUCUAUUCCUCAUGGAAGCCAUGUGGACGCGAUUCUUUCCUGCCAUCCAACACGUCCGAUCACUUCUCGCGGACGGUGUGAUUGGCUACGUCCAUGCUGUUCAUGCUGACAUGGGCUUUGCAUUCCCGAGCUCGGCCGACCGCAUCUGGAAGCGCGACUUGGGCGGCGGCGGUCUCUUGGACAUUGGCAUCUACCCGCUGGCUUUUGUGUCGAUGGUCUUCCCCGACGAAGCGCCCAUCAAUGUCCACACCGUCGGCAGUCUGUCCGACGAUGGCGUCGAUGUUUUCGCCGUUGUGACGCUGCAGUACUCGCGCCACCGAUAUGGCACGAUCCAGUACUCAUGCCUGGCCGACUUUCGCGAAGAAGUGACGAUUUUGGGGUCGAAAGGUCGGCUGGUCAUCGAUGCCCCGGCGCACACCCCGACGCGGGUGCGUCUUGACCGUGGGUCAGAUGUCGAAACAGUUGAAUUUCCGCUGCCGACGCCAGCACCAUCGUCUAGCGCGUUCAACUUUGGAGGGUCCGUCGGCCUGAGCUACGAAGCGGCGGCGGUCGGAAAAGCGAUUCGCAUCGACCAUGCGACCGAAUGCGCCGAGUACCCGCUAUCCGAGUCGCUCUUCCUCGCUGGCCUCAUGGACACGAUCAGGCGAGACCUUGGCGUUGUCUACGACGCCGAUCUCACCCCGAGUUACUUGUAAUGGAAGCCAUGGACAGGCUGCCGACUGUUCCAAUGGAUGGAAGCUUUGUUCCGUCACGCGAAUUUCUAGCCGCGACGACUUUGGUCAGCUAAUAAUGUGGCCAUGAUCUGGACAGGAAGCCCUGCGACACACGGCCUCGAAUGCACAUGGUCAAACGAACUGGAUGGAGACAAGAUCGUAUGAAUUGGAAUGGUUUCUCU